CUCCCACAGCACUGCACAUUUGUCCUGUUGUUGAGAGGAAACGAAAGCUGCCUGAGCCCCAACAGACCCGUCUGGAGACUGGGCACUGGCGUGGAGCCCGAUGGCAGCGAUAGGGGCUCUGCUGAGGGGAAGACAUGUCGUUGUCUGUUUGGUUCUGGUCACAUCGCUGCUCACCUGCUGCGUCAGGUGCGACAAACCCAGUAACGUCGUACUCAUUUUAGCCGAUGAUCAGGAUGUCACGCUCGGUGGAAUGAACCCUAUGAGCCAAACAAAAACUCUAAUUGGAGAAGCUGGAGCAACAUUUAUCAAUUCUUUUACAGUGACACCACUGUGCUGUCCCAGUCGUAGCAGUAUAUUGACCGGGCAGUACCCUCACAACCACGCGGUGAGGAAUAAUUCUCUGUCUGGAAACUGCUCCAGUGUGCUCUGGCAAAAAGGCCCAGAGUCUAUGACUUUCCCCUUCUACCUCAACAAACAGAAGUACCAGACCUUCUUUGCUGGAAAGUACCUCAACCAGUAUGGACGAAAAGAAGUGGGAGAUGUUGCCCAUGUUCCUCCUGGUUGGGAUCAGUGGCAUGCAUUGGUUGGAAACUCCCAGUAUUACAACUACACUCUGUCUGUCAACGGCAAAGAAGAAAUUCAUGGUGACAGCUAUGAAAAGGACUAUCUCACUGAUCUCAUUACAAACCGAUCGUUGAGCUUUCUAGACAAUAGGAGUCCUCAACACCCAUUUUUCUUGAUGCUGUCCCCCCCUGCGCCCCAUUCUCCCUGGACAGCAGCUCCACAACACCAGAAUAAGUUUGUCGAUAUCAAAGCACCUCGGGAUGGCAGUUUUGACAAACUAGGAAAAGAUAAGCAUUGGCUUCUGCGUCAGGCCAGCAACCCAAUGUCAAAUAGUUCACUCAACUACUUGGAUAAUGCAUAUAGGAAGAGGUGGCAGACAUUAUUAUCUGUGGAUGACAUGGUGGCUGCAAUAGUAAAAAAACUGAAGGAUAUACAAGAGCUGAACAACACAUACAUUUUCUACACAUCAGACAAUGGUUAUCACACAGGUCAGUUCUCACUACCGAUCGACAAAAGACAGCUGUAUGAGUUUGACAUUAGGAUUCCACUUCUAGUUCGAGGUCCAGGCAUCAAACCAAACAUUACAGUGAAGGCUCCUGUAUUGAACAUUGAUCUGGCACCCACUAUACUGGACAUCUCAGGAGUGAACCUGUCAGCUGUCAAUGUGGAUGGUCAAUCAUUCCUCUCCCAAAUGGCGCCAUCAUUGCGUAAUGGGACAACUCGGCCAUUUUUCCUUGUGGAAUAUACAGGAGAGGGGCAUCCAAUUUCAGAUCCAGCUUGUCCCAAACUGGGACCUGGACUGUCACAAUGUUUUCCCAACUGUGUAUGUGAGGAUGCCUACAACAAUACAUAUGCCUGUGUACGGUCCCUCAGUUCAGACCAGGAUCUCCAAUACUGUGAAUUUGCAGACAGUGAAUCAUUUGUAGAGGUGUACAACCUAACAUCGGAUCCUAACCAACUGGAAAAUAUUUUCAAGAAAAUGGACCCAACUGUUCUCCAGACCAUGAAUCAGCGACUGAUUAAGCUUCAAUCAUGUGUAAGCAAUGGCUGCAGAGACUAUGAAAACAUGAAAUUAAUAUGAGGUAGGACCAACCACAGCUGUCAAUUUACAGACUUCUGAUACGCUUUUAUACAUCUGAGCAAUGCCCAUUUUUUGGGCCUUAUUCCUUUGUUUUUAGUUUGGGUAUAAUAUUGUCAAAAUCUUACACAUUCAGUUGUUUUAAACUAAAAGAAAAAAAAAAUAACAAAAAACGCACAACUAUACAUAUGUACGAAGAUAUGCAGAGAAUUGCUGUCAACAGAAAACACUGAUUCAUGACUUUCUAAAAUUAUUGUUCUUUUACUAGAGAAAAACAGAUGUAUUUUCUUGAAUGGAUGUGUUGAUUUUAAUAUUUUAAUGCACUAGAUUUUAGAUAUUUUUACUUUUUUGCUUGUCUCAAGACUACCAAUGUGAUCAUAAAAUUAUUUUUCAACUGUGAGUUUAUAUAAAGGGAAGUGUUCACUUUAAGUGCCUUGUAUUUGCACUGACAAGGUCCACGUGCCUUAAAUGUGAAUGUAUUUGCACUGUGAUUAAAAUGAUUAAAUAAAUUAGACUUUAUAUGAA